AUGGCGGAGCCCAAAAUUGCCCUAGAGCCCAUGGCGGUGGCAGAGUCGAAAAUCGCGCUAGAGCCCGUGCUUGAACCGAAGAUCCAAUUGGUGGAGCUGAAGAUCGCGCCAGAGCCGGUGGUGCAGCCGAAGAUCCAAUUUGAGCCUCUGGCGGAGCUGACGAUCGUGGAGGCUGUGGCGGAGGUGAAGAUGGCACCAAAGGCUGCGUUGGAACCCAAGAUCGCAUCGGUGGCCACGACAUAUCUGAAGAUGGCGCUGGACGAUGUGCUAAAUUUCGCCAUGUAA